GAGCUGGGGUCAGCUAGGUCAUUUUGGCCAACCAUCAAGACCUAGUGAAAGACAGGCUGCAAUCAUGUUUGGUGCUAAAAAGAAAUCGCUUGAAGUGGAGCGGAUGGUGAAGGCCAAUGACCGUGAAUUCAAUGAGAAGUUCCAGUACGCAGAUAAUCGUAUCCACACAUCCAAGUACAACAUCCUCACCUUCUUGCCCAUAAAUUUAUUUGAACAGUUCCAGAGAGUGGCAAAUGCCUAUUUCCUUUUCCUUCUGAUAUUGCAGCUAAUUCCAGAAAUCUCCUCUUUGACCUGGUUCACCACCAUCGUGCCUUUGAUCCUGGUUAUAACCAUGACCGCUGUCAAAGAUGCUACUGAUGACUAUUUUCGCCACAAGAGUGAUAAUCAGGUAAACAAUCGGCAGUCUGAAGUGCUCCUGGAUGGCAGACUGCAGAACGAGAGAUGGAUGAACGUCAAAGUGGGCGACAUCGUGAAGCUAGAGAGCAACCAAUUCGUUGCUGCUGACUUGCUUCUUCUAUCAAGUAGUGAGCCACAUGGUCUCUGUUACAUUGAAACAGCUGAGCUCGAUGGGGAGACUAACCUAAAAGUCCGCCAUGCCCUGUCAGUUACCUCAGAACUCGGAGCAGAUAUUAGCAGACUCGCAAGGUUUGAUGGGAUUGUUGUCUGUGAGGCGCCCAACAACAAAUUAGACAGAUUCUCGGGAGUCCUCACCUGGAAGGGGAGCAAGCAUGCGCUCACCAACCAGAAGCUCAUCCUGAGAGGCUGUGCCCUGAGGAACACCAGCUGGUGUUUUGGAAUGGUCGUUUUUGCAGGUCCUGACACUAAAUUAAUGCAGAACAGUGGUAAGACAAAGUUUAAGAGGACAAGCAUCGAUAGGCUGAUGAAUACUCUAGUAUUAUGGAUUUUUGGGUUUCUGGUAUGCUUGGGAAUUAUUCUUGCAAUAGGAAAUUCAUUCUGGGAGAAUGAAGUCGGGGGCCAAUUCAGAGCUUUCCUCUUUUGGAACGAAGGAGAGAAGAACUCCAUAUUCUCAGGAUUCUUGACUUUCUGGUCGUAUGUUAUCAUUCUUAACACAGUGGUGCCCAUUUCAUUGUACGUGAGUGUGGAAGUCAUUCGUCUGGGCCACAGUUAUUUUAUAAACUGGGAUCGGAAGAUGUAUUACUCAGGCAAAGCCACACCUGCCGAAGCUCGGACGACCACCCUUAAUGAGGAGCUGGGCCAGAUUGAAUAUGUUUUCUCUGACAAAACGGGCACCCUUACUCAAAACAUCAUGACUUUUAAAAAAUGUUCCAUUAAUGGGAAAAUCUACGGUGAAAAACACGAUGAAGUCAGCGAGAAGAAAGAAAUGGCUAAGGGAGAAAAGCCUGUGGAUUUCUCUGUCAGAUCUCAAGCAAAGAGGACAUGUCAGUUCUUUGACCACAGUCUGAUGGAGUCCAUUCAGCUGGGCGAUCCCAAAGUCCAUGAAUUCUUUAGGUUACUUGCUCUCUGCCACACAGUGAUGUCAGAGGAAACGAGUGCAGGACAGCUGAUUUACCAAGUUCAGUCACCAGAUGAAGGGGCUCUGGUGACGGCGGCUAAAAACUGUGGGUUCGUUUUUAAGUCUCGGACCCCGGAAACAAUAACAAUAGAGGAAUUAGGGACACGCGUUACAUAUCAACUGCUGGCCUUUUUGGACUUCAACAAUGUCAGGAAGAGGAUGUCGGUCAUAGUUCGAAACCCAGCAGGACAGAUAAAACUUUAUUCCAAAGGAGCAGAUACUGUCCUGUUUGAAAGACUUCAUUCUUCCAAUGAAAACCUUCCAUCUGUGACAUUCGACCACCUCAGUGAAUUUUCAGGGGAAGGCCUUCGAACCUUGGCAAUUGCAUACAGGGACCUGGACGACAAGUAUUUUAAAGAGUGGUAUAAGAUGCUCGAAGAUGCAAACACUGCCGCAGAGGAGAGGGAAGAACGGAUAUGUAAGCUGUAUGAAGAAAUUGAAAGAGAUCUGAUGCUACUAGGUGCCACUGCUGUAGAAGAUAAGUUACAAGAGGGAGUCAUUGAAACCGUUACAAAUUUGUCACUAGCCAAUAUUAAGGUCUGGAUUCUCACGGGAGACAAACAAGAAACUGCCAUCAACAUCGGCUAUGCCUGCAACCUGCUGACUGAUGACAUGAACGAUGUGCUGGUGAUUGCGGGUAACACUGCAGCAGAAGUCAGAGAAGAACUCAGGACAGCGAAGGAACUUUUGUUUGGACGCAGCCAGCACAUUUUGGAUAGCCAGGGACUCUGUGAAAAGCAGCAGCCACUAGAACUGAAAUCUGUCGCAGCAGAAGACAGUGUAACGGGAGAUUAUGCCUUAGUCAUAAAUGGCCACAGUUUGGCCUAUGCACUAGAAAGCGACAUGAAGAAUGGUCUCUUGGAGCUUGCCUGCAUGUGUAGGGCUGUGGUUUGCUGCAGAGUUACACCACUCCAGAAAGCCCAAGUAGUAGAGCUGGUAAAGAAGUACAGAAAUGCCGUGACCUUGGCCAUCGGCGAUGGAGCCAAUGAUGUCAGCAUGAUUAAAAGUGCUCAUAUUGGCGUUGGCAUCAGCGGCCAGGAAGGACUGCAAGCUGUCUUAGCCAGUGACUAUUCAUUUGCACAGUUCCGGUAUCUCCAAAGGCUCCUGUUCGUUCAUGGAAGGUGGUCCUACUUCCGGAUGUGCAAGUUCCUAUGCUAUUUCUUCUACAAGAACUUUGCGUUCACACUUGUGCAUUUCUGGUUCGGUUUCUUCUGUGGAUUCUCAGCGCAGACUGUUUAUGACCAGUGGUUUAUCACCCUUUUUAACAUUGUCUACACAUCGUUACCGGUGCUCGCCAUGGGGAUUUUUGACCAGGACGUGAAUGACCAGAACAGCAUGGACUGUCCCCAGCUCUAUGAACCUGGCCAGCUGCACCUCCUUUUUAACAAGCGUAAAUUUUUCAUCUGUGUGGCCCAUGGAAUCUACACCUCGCUAGUUCUUUUCUUCAUCCCCUAUGGGGCCUUGUACAACAUGGCUGCGGAAGACGGGCAACAUAUGGCCGACUACCAGUCCUUUGCUGUGACCAUGGCCACUUCCUUGGUCGUCGUGGUCAGCGUGCAGAUAGCCUUGGAUACCAGUUACUGGACUGUCAUUAAUCACGUCUUCAUCUGGGGCAGUGUUGCUACUUAUUUCUCCAUUUUAUUUACAAUGCACAGUAACGGCAUCUUUGGAAUCUUCCCGAACCACUUUCCGUUUGUCGGAAACGCACGGCAGUGUCUGAGCCAGAAGUACAUUUGGCUGGUGAUCCUCUUGGCCACAGUGGUCUCGGUCAUGCCAGUGGUGGCAUUCAGGUUUCUCAAGAUGGAGUUAUACCCCACGCUGAGCGACCAGAUCCGCCAUUGGCAGAAGGCACAAAGGAAGACCAGGCCUCCAAGGAGCCGAAGACCUCAGACCCGCAGGUUGAGCUCAAGAAGAUCUGGCUACGCCUUCGCUCACCAAGAAGGCUACGGAGAGCUGAUCACAUCUGGAAAAAAUAUGCGUGCUAAAGCCCCACCCCCAACAUCAGGGCUGGAAAACAUGCCUGAUAGUAGCCCGAGCCGGAUGGAAAAUGUAUGGAAGAAAACCACAGACGCAGCGAGCGGCUUUGGUCAGGAUAUACCAGUGAAACUGUGAAUCCAGAUGAACUGGGAACCACACAGUUGUCCUUUCCCUUCACCUGGAGCUCAGCUUCAGCGGCUGGAGGACCAGGUGCCGAUAUCUGUCAGGUGGAGCUGGGCUCCACAGGCAGCCAGGACAGGUGGCCGCUCUCCAAUUUGUGAUUUGGUGGAACAAAGCCUCCCAGUACAAGUGUGGACUUUUACCAACCUAGAUACAAAGUGAUGCAAACCACCACCUGUGUCCAUCUGCUUAGACACUGUGGCACCUCAGGUGGAUAAAAGGAUGUGUAGCUGAACCUCCCAAAAAGCAACACUCAUUGAUAAAGACACUGUGUGUGUAGAGUAGCCUGCCCCCAGAUGCUCGGGAUAAGCGCAUGUGAUGGUAGGUGUGUGCUACGGUGCUAUCAAGAGACUUCACAGCCACAUGCCAUUCUAGCUUGAAACCUGUCUGUAAAGCCAGGGACAAACUGCUUGCCUACUUGAAGAACAAAAAGACCUAUUGGUCUUCUUUUUCUGUCAGUCUAGGGAUACAACGGACUGAGUAUUUAUACAGAAGUAUAGGCUGCUAAUUUGGUUAUUCAAUUAGCUGUCAGACUCUGUCACAGAGGUUCUCUAGAAAAUAAUCUAAAAUGUUUCAACUGUCCUUUAUACCAUCUCAGGAGUAAUUUGUCCAGGACUGUUCCAUUCAGGCCACAUGGAAUCAGCCGAGCAUUAGAGUUUAACAUGCAAAAACUUCUAAGAUACUCUGUCUCCAAAAUAACCAGCAAGAAACUGGGCUGGAGGUGUGGCUCAGUGGUAGAGCAUUAGGCUC